AUGGAUGAUGCUCAUGAAGAAAAAGGAAAGGAAAGCGUCUGGUCACCCGAUAUCGAAGAAAGCUUUUUUGAGGCACUGGCCGUCUAUCCACCGUGUGGACGCCGGAAAAUCAUACUAUCUGAAGAACACAAAAUGUUCGGUCGGAACGAGUUGAUAGCUCGAUACAUAAAACUGAGGACUGGAAAGACAAGAACACGCAAACAGGUUUCAAGCCAUAUUCAAGUUCUUGCUCGGAGAAAUGGAAGAACCAUAGUGACAAACCGUGGCAUUCAAACACACCUUCUCCCUUCAUUGAGAAACGCGUAUUUAAUCAACGGGAGAACAAACGAUCCAAUGAGUAUGCUUCCCGACGUGCGCCUAACUCUAUUUCGAGUCGAUUUCGUGGCACCUGAACUUCCGGUAAGACUAGGUUCUACUAAAGAAUCCUAA